CGCGCUCCGCCGCGUAGGUUGUGCCCGGGCCGGGCAGCGGCGGCGCGGAGCGGGCGGAGCGGGAGGCCGAGCCUGCCAAGCUGGCGCCGGGAGGGGCCAUGGUGGCCCGCGCCCGCCGUGGAAACGCUCCGGACGGGGCUGCCCGGCGCGGCCUCCUGGCGCUGCUGCUCGCGGUCUCCGCCCCGCUGCAGCUGCGGGCACAGGAGCCGGGUGAUGGCUGUGGGCACAUAGUGACCUACCAGGAUAGUGGCACAGUGACAUCUAAGAAUUAUCCAGGGACUUACCCCAAUCAUACUGUUUGUGAAAAGACUAUCAAAGUACCAAAGGGGAAGCGGUUGAUCUUGAAGUUGGGAGAUUUGGAUAUUGAAUCCCAGACCUGUGCCUCUGACUAUCUUCUCUUCACCAGCUCUUCCAAUCAGUAUGGUCCCUACUGUGGAGGUCUGACCGCUCCCAGAGAACUCUUGCUGAACACAAGCGAAGUAACUGUGCACUUUAAGAGUGGGUCCCACAUUUCUGGACGGGGAUUUUUGCUGACCUAUGCCAGCAGUGACCAUCCAGAUUUAAUAACAUGCUUGGAACGAGGUAGCCAUUACUUGAAGACAGAAUACAGCAAAUUUUGUCCAGCUGGUUGUAGAGACAUAGAAGGAGACAUCUCUGGGAAUGUGGUAGACGGAUAUAGAGAUACCUCAUUGUUAUGCAAAGCUGCCAUCCAUGCAGGAAUAAUUGCGGAUGAACUGGGUGGUCAGAUCAGCGUGCUUCAGCGCAAAGGGAUAAGUCGAUACGAAGGAAUCCUGGCCAAUGGGGUGCUGUCAAGGGAUGGUUCCCUGUCAGACAAGCGAUUUCUAUUUACCUCCAAUGGUUGCAGUACAUCCUUGAGUUUGGAACCUGACAGGCAAAUGAGAGCUUCUUCUUCUUGGAAAUGGGUGAAUGAGAUUGAAGAGCCGGUUCAGUGGUCUCCUGGCCAGGCCCAACUUCAGGACCAGGGUCCCUCCUGGGCUUCAGCAGAAAGCAGCCAGAACCCAGAGCAGCAAGAGUGGCUGGAGAUCGAUUUGGGAGAGAAAAAGAAGAUAACAGGAAUUAGGACUACAGGAUCCACACAGUCAAAUUUCAACUUUUAUGUUAAGAGUUUUGUGAUAAACUUCAAAAACAACUCUAAAUGGAGGACCUACAAAGGAAUUAUAAAUAAAGAAGAAAAGGUAUUUCAGGGCAACUCUAAUUUUCGGGAUCCUGUACGGAAUAACUUCAUCCCUCCCAUUGUAGCUAGAUAUGUGCGGGUUGUCCCCCGCAAGUGGCACCAGAGAAUAGCCAUGAAAGUGGAGCUCUUUGGUUGCCAAAUCACGCAAAGUACGACUCAGGGAAUCAGUAUGACAACUCUUGUUAUCCCACUGGUGCUCCUCGCCCUGCUGAUUGUUGGAAUGGGGAUCUUUGCCAUCCUGAGAAAGAGGAAGAAGAAAGGGAAUCCUUAUGGAUCAGUUAAGACUCAGAAAACAGAUUGCUGGAAGCAGAUUAAAUACCCCUUUGCUAGACAUCAGUCAGCUGAGUUUACCAUCAGCUAUGACAAUGAGAAGGAGAUGACCCAGAAGUUAGAUCUCAUCAGGAAUGACAUGACAGACUACCAGCAGCCCCUCAUGAUCGGCACCGGGACGGUCACCAGGAAGGGCUCCACCUUCCGGCCGAUGGACACCGAGGCGGACGCGGCGGGCAGCGGCCAGGGCCACUACGACUGCCCCCUGCCGGCCGGCCGCCACGAGUACGCGCUGCCGCUGGCGCACCCCGAGCCCGAGUACGCCACGCCCAUCGUGGAGCGGCACCUGGCCCGCGCGCACACCUUCUCGGCGCCCGGCUACCGCGUGCCCGGGCCGCGGCCGGCGCACAAGCACUCCCUGUCCGCGGGCGGGGGCUACGACCAGCCCAAAGCCCAAGCCAGCGGCGCCCUCCCGGCCGCGCCCGCCGACCCUGACUACCAGAAGCCGCAGAGGAGCCCUGAGCCGGACAGUGCUUACUCAGCCCCCCGGGACUGCGUCAAACCCCUCAACCAGACAGCGAUGACGGCGCUCCUGUGAACACAAUGUGAACGGAACCUGCUGUGGUACUGAGCGUCAGGCUGCGUGGGGCCAGGGGGAGGCAUUGCAAGUGAGACUGGUGCGUGAUUGCAGGUCUGUGUGUGUGUGUGUGUGUGUGUGUGUGUGUUUCAGUAGGAUCCAGGUCUAUGUGUCUGUGUGUGUUUCAGUAGGAUCCAGGGGGUGCAUUGAAAGUGAGACUCUUGAUGCGCGAUUGCAGGUCUACGUGUGUGUGUGUGUGUGUGUGUGUGUGUUUCAAUAGGAUCCUGUGGUGGAAUCCUAGAGGCCUGGGGACCACCCUCUACAACUGUUUACAAAAUCGUGCAGCUGGUUUUGUUCUGACCCUUUAAGGCAAGAGUGUUCGUUUUGUUGUUGCUGUUGUUGGGCUAGGAAAAAAAAAAUGAACGUUUUUCAGGCGGCAUUUUCAUUUCUCCGACUGUGACACUGAGCUGCUUUGGUGUAAGACGUGCAAUCUGUAUAGAAUUGUAUUUAGCAAGAAGUAUCUGACGUUUACUUUUAUCAGAUUUUAGUUCUGCACUGAGGUUACAUGAAAGAAUGCGGCUGUUGCAAAAAAAAAAAAUCAUCUGUAAUAGAAUGUUGACUUUUUUGAAUAUAUCUUUAUCUGAUACUGUAUCAGCAGCAGGUCUGUUUAAACCUAAUCUUGUUGUUAUUGUGGCUCAUUUCCUUUCCUUUGAUAACGAGAGUUAAAAAGCAUUGUUAACAUUCUUCUCCUGGAAGAAAUGAAUUACUUGAAGCAUGGAAAGCAUACCGGCUGGUUGUUGGCAACUAGGACUGUAGAUUUUCACAAGCAGCCGCCUGUGCCUUAAGACACCUCUUGAGAUGGGGACACAGGACUCUGUGCCCUGCUGGCUGUUUGGCCCUGCUUCAGCCUGGAGUACCUGGCUCCACCUCAUCUCACUCUGCUUCCUCCUCACCCCACCUGGCAGAUCCUGUGUGUCUUCCACAUGCGAAUCACUUUGGCAACGUCCCAAGCCCAAAGCUGGGACUUACAGCCACCCAAACUGCUCUCUCUCCCUGCAGACUGAAUGAAGGGGGCACAGCAAGCACAGUCUGAGUUCCUGUGUCAGAGGCUUUUGUACCUCAGAUUUUAAAAUAUUGCUGAGGUCAGAGACCCACACACUUGUCACGACUCUUCAGAAAUAGCUCAUUACACUUGGAAACACAAAAAAUAGUAUUUGAAGUGUGUUCUUCAAAAAGUAAGCUGGGUCCAAUCUACACAGGACUUUUCUCCUGAGGUGGGUGUGAAUUUCUUCAAGUAUGUGUCUGUCAUUCCAGAGUAGCGCAGACCUCAGCCGUACCUCAUGUUCUGUGGUUUUUAUCUAUUUGCCUUGUGAGUUCACUGUAGGGGAUUUAACCUCUUUUGCCAAAGAGGAAAGUGUAUGUCUGAAUAGAAAAUGUGGACCAAAAGAUCCUUUCGCUAAUUUUUUUUUAAAAAGUAUUAUAAGGCUGUUUGUAUGAUUAUGACUGUCUGUGAAAUGUACAAACACUAAAAUAGUUAGGGUGCUGGAAGGUCCUGUCCUGGCCAACUAUUGUGGAAGGUAAACCAUUUCCUUUGCAGAGUUUACAUGGUUUUAUAUGUAAAAUAAUUGUAAUAAACUAUGCCAAACCAAA